AUGUCAAUCAAUGGCAUUCUCUUUGCGCUCCUCACCGCUGGGAACUGCAUCGCAGAAGUAGUCUCGCCUGCCGGGAGGCUUUCGACACAUAUCACGGAUUUAUCCACUACUCGUGUGCAAGCACCACAUGAUGGCUACCGGCUGGUGUCUAGCUCUGGCAUUAACAAUGGAUUCGAUCUAUUGGACAUCGUUCUGGUAGCUUCGGUCGACGGCAGGCUACAUGCGCUCAACAGGACUCAUGGAGAUUCGAUUUGGUCCAUGGCCGCAUCCGCCGGUCCCGCACCAGCAACCUUAGGUCCCCUCGUUCGCACGCAACAUCCUGAGUUCGACCCGGACCUCACGGACGAUGACUCUGCUUACCGGGAAGUCUAUGUUGUUGAACCACAAUCUGGGGACAUUUAUGUCAUGGCUACACCCGACAGUCCUCUCCAACGCCUACCGUUCUCCAUGCCACAGCUAGUAGACAUGUCUCCCUUCAGUUUCUCGGCCGAUGACGAUGGAAGAGUUUUUGUUGGUAGAAAGGAGACGUCGUUAUUGCUCAUCGAGCUGGAAACAGGGCGGGUGAAGGCCACCCUCAAUUCGGAAUGUCCAUGGGACCCAUUUCAAGAUUUAGCCGAGCCUGCAGAGUUCGAUAACCUAGACUUAGAUGAAUUGGAAGGAAUGGAACCUUCGAAGUCCCAGACCAAACCCACGGAAGUUUUCAUCGGACGGACAGACUACCACGUCUCGAUACACACGCGUCCCUCUCGGUCGUCUGCUACCAGGCCGCCAGUGCAGAACCUAUCAUUCUCAGUUUACGGCCCGAAUAACCAGGACUUGGGAUUGCAGUCGAUUCACCGACACACUGCCGACAACGCAUACAUCCAAUCUCUGCCAAAUGGAGAGAUUAUUGCAUUCCAGUCCUCUAACGUCGAUACCCCAAACUCUGGAAUCGCCCCGGACACGCAUCUCUUAUGGGGACAUGUAUUUCCUACUCCGAUUGUCGCUGUAUUUGAUGUUCUUAAGUCUCCUACCAGAGAGCAUCCCUUUGUCCUCCUGCAGCCGCGUCUGCGCCUUGAAGACAUCCUCCCAAACGCCGACCUCCGGAAAGCAGCAGCACACAAGAGCCUCCCCAACCUCGACGCAGCGUUCGUAGGCUACAUCGAGGAAAGUGGCUCGCUAUUCGCCAUGAGCCCGGACACUUUCCCGCUCGUCGUCUUCGGCGAUGUGGGUGUGGGGCGCUUCCUCGACCCAGCGCCGGAUCACGUGGACGUUCACAUGGAGCACGACCUUCCGGGCGACUUGGACUCCAUCUCGCGGCGCGCCAAGGAGAGAAGGUUGCGCAGGAUGUGUAGGGAGGGAAGCACGGAUCGGCGGUGUCUAACUGGUGUCCGCAAAUUGGAGUCGUCUACUCAGUCACGGCUCAGUCGACUGUUGGACGGUGCUCCCACUGUUCCACUUCCCCCGGAUCCAGCAGAAGGUGAUGUGAUGAAGCCGAACUCUUCAGAGACAUCACGCGAUGCCCGAAAUGCUUCUGUCUCUGCUCACCUUGCGUGGGAUGAUGAUAUGAGGUCCCCUUCAAAUGGCAUAUUUCAUAUGGAUACCAGUCAUGCGCUGUCAGCUUUUGCGUUGUGCGCAUUGGCUUUACUUGUAGCCAUCAUGUGGAUAGGGAUGAAGAAGGGAGCAGGGAAGCCAGUGGCCCAUGAUGCAGGAUCUCACAGCACGGAUAGCAAACCGGUGAAGGAAAAUUCGCAGACGCACACGCCCUCCGAUGCAAUCAUGGCCGACUCCAAUGCACCUUCUGGCAAGUCCAAUGACGAAACGGCAGAAAAACCAGCGCCAGAUUCCCCACGCCCACACACAUCCGCACCAUCCCUUCAAAACGUCGUCGUCGUGUCAGACGGUCUGAAGUCAGAUAACUCCGAUCUCACUGCAGUAGAGCCACAGGAGGAGACCGGAGAAGGGGAAGACAGCGAGAAAGAGGAUGACGCACCAGCGACGGCUGGAAAGCGAAAGACUAUGAGGCGAAAACGCGGGAAGAAGAAGAAAGGCGGUGCGACAAACGGUAGCGCGGCGGAGGAUGUGGAUGGUGAAAAGGCCGAGAGUCCUGCUGGACAGGGGGAGAAUGGUACAGCGAACGAAGACGGGUACUUCCCUCCUCAAGCCGACACGCUGGCCUUGAAGAUUGUUUCACUUUCUCCUACAGUAGUGCCUCCGUCGUUAGCGCCUACAUCAGCGGCCCCAUCCCUUGUGGUUUCCGACACAGUUCUAGGUUUUGGAUCGCAUGGGACAGUCGUGUUCAAAGGUUCAUUGCAAGGUCGUGCGGUUGCCGUGAAGCGUUUGCUGCAAGACUUUGUCACACUCGCGUCGCGGGAGGUGAACAUCUUGCAAGAGUCGGACGAUCAUCCAAAUGUCAUCCGGUACUACUAUCAAGAGUCCCACGCGAACUUCCUCUACAUAGCGCUCGAGCUCUGCCCUGCAUCACUUGCAGACAUCAUCGAGCGUCCGGGUGACUUCCCAGAGAUUAUUGCGGCAUUCGAACCGAAACGUGCUCUGCGGCAGGUGACGGCAGGGUUGAGACACUUGCACGCGCUCAAGAUCAUCCAUCGAGACAUCAAGCCACAAAACAUCCUCAUUUCAAAUGCGAAGAAGGGCGCAGGUCAGACUGUUGGCCAUAGGAUGCUCAUCUCCGACUUCGGGCUGUGCAAGAAGCUCGAAUUGGACCAGACGAGCUUCUUACCCACGGCACACGGUGCUAUGGCGGCAGGCACGGUAGGCUGGCGUGCACCGGAGAUCCUGCGAGGAGAGGUGAAGUUAGAUGACUCUGGAGACGAGUCGCAAUCGUCUCGGGGCUCCAUAGGGACAGCUGGUCCGGGCACGCCGGCGGGCAAGCCGACGCGGCUUACAAAAUCAGUCGACAUCUUCGCACUGGGAUGUCUGUACUACUACGUACUCACGAACGGCGAACACCCGUUCGGUGACCGCUUUGAGCGUGAAGUGAACAUCCUGAAGAACGCGAAGAAUCUUGAUGGCCUCGAGCGGUUCGGGGAGGAGGGCUCGGAAGGUGCCGACCUGAUUAAAUGUAUGCUGAGUCCGGACGCAUGUGACCGGCCGGAUACCAGCACAUGCUUGCUGCAUCCGUACUUCUGGGAUCCUGGGAAGCGGUUGACGUUCUUGCAGGAUGCCUCGGAUCGUUUCGAAAUUAUGUGUCGAGAUCCACCAGAUCCCAACCUCGUCCUACUUGAGACUAGUGCCUUCGACGUAGUCGGGAACGACUGGCACGCGCGGCUCGACAGGCUCUUUAUCGAGAAUCUGGGCAAGUUCCGGAGGUAUGAUGGCAAGUCUGUGCAGGACCUCCUGCGUGCGCUACGGAAUAAGAAACAUCAUUAUCAGGACCUCCCGGACAACGUCAAGCGACUUCUCGGCUCAAUGCCUGAGGGUUUCCUCGCGUAUUUCACACGGCGUUUCCCUCGCCUGUUCCUUCAUGUCCACAGCGUCGUCUCCGCAUCACCUCUGCGCCAUGAGUCGAUGUUCCGUAGCUAUUUCGAUCUGUCUGACUAA